AUGUCUCCCUCCCCUCUCCUCCUCCUCAUCGCCGCGGCGGCCGCCGCCGCCGUCCUCCUCUGCCCCCUCGCCGCCGCGCAGUCGCCGCGCAACGUCCAGACCCGCUUCCCCUCCACCCGCACCCCCGCCAUCGACCUCCCGCCGAUCGCCCCCCCGUCUCCGUCCCCCGCGGGCGCGACCCCCACCCCCACGCAGCCCGCCGCCUCCUCCUCCUCCUCCUCCACCAAGCGCAGCGACAUCGCCGUCGCCGUCGUCAGCACGGCGCUCAGCAGCUUCGCGCUCUGCGGCCUCGCCUUCUUCAUCUUCCUCCGCCGCGGCAAGAAGAAGGACCUCACCAACCCCGCCGCCGCCAGGUACCACGACGGCGCCUUCCCCGGCAAGCUCCCGGAGCGCGCGCCCAAGCAGCCGCCGCGGGGCGGCAUGGUGGACGAGAACGGCCUCGACGCGAUAUACUGGCGCGAGUACGAGAAAGAAAGCACCGCCGGCGGCGGCAGGGGCAUGAGGCCCGCGGGCAGCAGCGGCGGCCGCCCGCCGCAGCCGCCGUCAUCGUCUACCCGCCAGCAGCAGCAGCCGCAGGGGUCGCACUCCCCGGCGCCGUCCCCGCCGCGGCCGCUGCGGAAGGGCAGGGUGGACCACGAGCCGCUCAUACCGCGGGGCUCCCUCGACUCCGCCUCCGAGCUCUACAACGACGCGCCGGGCGCCAGCGCCAGCUCCUCCAGCUCCACCUUCUCCGUCGAGUACUACGCGCGCAAGCCGCCCCCGGCGCCCAUGGCCAUGGCCGCCGUCCCCCGCCCGUCCCCGCCGCCGCCAGCCCCUCCCGCGCCGCCGACCGCAUCCGCAUCCCUAGCCGCCCCGCCGGGGAGAGCAAGCCCGCCACCGCCGCCGCCGCCACCAAUCCCCUCCACGUCGCCACCCCCACCGCCCCCCAAGGGCCCGCCGCCGCCGCCAGCGCCCAGAGGCCCUCCUCCGCCGCCGCCCCCAGGCGGAAAGAAGGGAGGCCCGCCGCCGCCUGGUCCGCCGCCGCCGCCCGGAGGGAAGAAGGGAGGCCCGCCUCCGCCGCCCGCCUGGGCGUCCUCCAGGCCGCCGGCGGCGCCGGGCGGGUCGACCGCCCAAGAGGACCAGUUCGCCAAGCUCAAGCCGCUGCACUGGGACAAGGUCAACGUGGCGGCCACCGACCACUCCAUGGUCUGGGACAAGCUCACCGCCGGAUCAUUCAACUUGGACGAAGGCACCAUCGAGGCGCUGUUCGGCGCCGGGGCGGCCAACAACCGCAAGACGAAAUCCGCGGACUCCAAGGACGCCUCAAGCAGUCUGGGGCGCGCCAACUCGGAGGAGAAGAUAUUCCUGAUCGACGCGCGCAAGUCGCACAACAUCUCCAUCAUCCUCAAGUCCCUCACCGUGGGGCGGGACGAGAUCAUCGACGCCCUCCGCGACGGCCACACCGAGCUCACCACGGACGUCCUCGAGAAGCUGUCCCGCAUCAGCAUCACCAAGGAGGAGGAGGCCACCAUCCUCAAGUUCUCCGGGAACGCCGACAGGCUUGCACCCGCGGAGGCCUUCCUUCUUCGGCUCCUCCUCGACGUGCCCAGCCCGUUUGCCCGUGUCGACGCGCUGCUGUUCAAGAUAAACUACAGUUCGGAGGUCGCUCAGCUCAAGCGAUCGCUCCAGACGUUGGAGAUGGCGAGCCAGGAACUGAGGACGAAGGGGCUCUUCCUUAAGCUGCUCGAGGCGGUGCUCAAGGCAGGGAACCGGAUGAACGCCGGCACGGCACGGGGGAAUGCGCAGGCAUUCAACCUCGCGGCGCUGCGCAAGCUCAAUGACGUGAAGAGCACCGACGGAGCCACCACGCUGCUCCACUUCGUCAUCGAGGAGGUUGUGCGUGCGGAGGGGAAACGCCUCGCUGUCAACCGCAACUACACUAUCCGCCGCUCUGGCAGCCUCGCGAAGUCGAGCACCGACGGUGGCAUUUCAGCGUCAGGCUCCACGGUCCAGGGGCCUUCGCGCGAGGACAGGCAGAACGAAUACCUGAACCUAGGAUUGCCGGUUGUUGGAGGCCUCAGCAGCGAGUUCACCAACGUGAAGAAGGCUGCGACUGUGGACUACGAUUCGGUUGUCAACGAGUGCUCAGUCUUAGGCAGCCGACUAACAAAUAUCAAGAGGCUCCUGGAGACCUGUGGGGAUGAUGGAUUCUCAAGAGGGCUGAGAGGGUUUGUCAAGGCUGCAGAAGAAGAGCUGAAGGCGCUAACUGGAGAGCAGGAGAAAGUGCUUGAUCUGGUUCAGAAGACAACCGAGUACUACCAUACAGGCGCUACCAAGGACAGGAACGCGCAUCCUCUCCAGUUGUUCGUCAUAGUGAGGGACUUCUUGGGGAUGGUGGAUCAGGCAUGUGUGGACAUCAAGAGAAGGUUACAACAGCAGAAGAAACCACCAGUCUCAUCAUCACAGCCACCAUCGCAGCCAGCAACGGCAGCGGCUGCGGCUCCUGCCACUAAGGGGCCAGCUGACGUUGCUAAGGGGGCAGCUGAUGGUGCUGCAGCACCCUCGCAGAAACCACCGGAAGAGGCAGAUAGCAGAAGGAAGAGGGUCAUGCCAAGAUUCCCAAACUUGCCGGCGCACUUCAUGAAGGACAAUGCAGACUCUGAUUCAAGUAGUGAUGAGGAAUAGGAUGCAUGGGAAGGUGUAAAUGAUGAUUGUUUUGCAUUGGUUUGAAUUGGUUUUUGAUCUUUUGGAGGUAUAGGUUAGCUGCAGACUGUACAUAAUGAAUUGUUGGCAUUUGUUCCUUUCUUCAUUUCUUUAUAUGUGAUCCAUAUCGACAACAAUAGGUACAAUUCUGUUCAGAAA